AUGUUCGAGACCACGCUGACUCUGCCGCGCACCAGUGUGGCCCUCACCGAAACGCUGGGCAGCGCCGGCGGCGGAGCCUCCACAUCGACGGCUGCGGUCGCCGUGCAGACGAGCAAGCGUCGUCGCCGGCGGCGCAACAAGAGGCGACGCAAGUCCUCGCUCUCGAGCAGCACCGAGGCGCCCUCCUCCCGCACCUACGAUCCAGUGAUGACGGGGAGCGGCUUGCGUUCAUCCGGUGUCUCAGCGGCUGGAUCGGGAUCAGUGCGUCGGGGACGGCAUCGCAGCGGAGUCAGUUCAUCUUCAUCGGCGGCGGCGGCGGCGGCAGUGGCAGCAGCAGCAGCAGCAGCUGCAGCGGCGGAAGCAGAAGCAGACGCGGGUCCUCUGAGCGGCGGAAGUAGUCCCUCAAUGUUCGUGGAUCCGCAGGACUUCGUGGAGACGCUCGACUAAAUCUAGAUUAUUUACAAUUCGAAGUAGGUUAAAUUUUGUUGUUACUUCCGUUCUGAUUUUACCUGCGCUGGCCCUUCUUUUAACUGUUCGAUUUUGCUUGAGAUGCGACGACGUUUGGCGGCCUUUGAUUUAGCGUGAUUUUAAUACCGUUUAACAAAUAUUUUAUCUAGCCUCUGUAAGCAUUCAAGUGUGUAAUAUUAUGAUGCAAAAUUAAACUGCUAACUGUGCUGCGACACAAACCUUUCAACUGAAUUCCCCCCCGCCUCGAUUGUCUUAUGUCUUCUGCGUAUUGUUUCCACCCACAACACCCACAACGUCAGAAUAUAACCAACCCGCGCUUGUGAAGGGGAUAGUUAAGUGAGAAACCGUUCAAUCAUCUAAUUAGAAUGUUAAUAGCUAACUCCAUAGUUAAUUGGUAUCAACGUACGUACGUAGCUCUCCGCGUUCAAGUUUCCAGUGUUUCUGCGAUUUUCAAUCGAUUUCUCCAAUUACGUGUUUGUGGCAAGACUAAGCAAAUGGCAAAUGAACAUUUUAAGUGUAAUAUUCGCUAUAGUGAUUAAGCAUAUUAAAUCUACCCUAUAUAUACAUACAAGAUUGGUCAUACACACCUACUGCAAGCAUGAAUUCAAUUAACUGAAUAACCGUUUAAAUAUAUAGUAUGGAUGUGUAUUUAAGGAAA